CCUUAAAAGAGCUUAUAUUUUAGUGAGAAGAAUGAGAAAAUACACACCAUUUAAAAAACAAGUCGAUAAGAAGGGCAUUAGAGGAAAAAGUCUGGGAGGAGUGAUGGGCAAUGGUUCAGGCUGCAAUGUUUUAAACCGCUCACGUAGAUCUAGCCCUGCCUAACCACUAGUCCUGUUUCCCUCCCGCCUCUGUAUAUUUCAGUCGCUUAGGUGCAAUACUCUUCUCUCUUUACUAGGCUUUCUGCAGAUAUUUCCCUCUGCCUGAACCCUUCCUUCAGCUCAGCUCAAAUACCCCUUCCUCUGGGAAAACUUCCCACACGGCUAGAUUUGUAUUCUAGGCUCCCGCAGCACCUGCCCCUCACCUUUAAACACCGCUCACGCUCUGACUUUACAUCCCGCUUGUACCUGUUUAUCACUCAUAAUAUCGAGUAAGCUCCAUGCGGGCACAGCUAUGAUCUGCUGUGCGAACAACACGGAGCCUUUGUAGUAACUACUACGACCUAGCCUACUAGCGGAACACACGGAGAGCCGGAAGUGUCGCGUUCACUCCGGACGACCGGAUGGGGAACUGCGCGGGCCACAGAGCAACCGGAAGUAUAGCGUUCUAGUCCGGAAGCCCUUAGAAGGAAACGUCCGCAAAGGCUGGUUUUUAAGCGGGAGCGUCUCUUCACUCGCAGCAAGUGCGCGUGCGCUGUCUCCGUCAGCCCAAAUCGGGAACAUGGCCGUGCGGUCGCUGUGGGCGGGUCGGCUGCGGAUGCAGUGCCUACUGUCCUCGACUGCCGCGUGGGAAAGCAAGGGAUGGCCACUUCUAUUCAGCACUGCCAUCCAGAGAACUGCUGGUGAGGACUGCCGUUCUGAGGACCCUCCUGAUGAGCUUGGGCCCUCUCUUGCUGAACGAGCCUUAAGGAUAAAAGCUGUUAAACUGGAGAAGGAGGUCCAGGAUUUAACGGUGAGAUACCAGAGAGCUGUAGCUGAUUGUGAAAACAUAAGGAGGCAAACCCAGAGAUGUGUGGAAGAUGCCAAGAUAUUUGGAAUCCAGAGUUUCUGUAAGGACUUGGUGGAAGUGGCCGACAUUUUGGAGAAGACUACAGAGUGCAUCUCUGAAGAAUCAGAGCCAGGGGACCAGAAGCUCACUCUGGAGAAGGUUUUCCGAGGGUUGUCGCUUUUAGAAGCAAAGCUGAAAAGUGUGUUUGCCAAGCAUGGCCUGGAGAAACUAACACCCAUUGGUGACAAAUAUGACCCCCAUCAGCAUGAACUCAUCUGUCAUGUGCCAGCUGGCGUUGGGGUGCAGCCUGGCACCGUGGCAUUAGUAAGACAAGAUGGUUACAAACUUCAUGGCCGCACCAUUAGACUUGCCCGGGUGGAAGUGGCAGUGGAGUCUCAGAGAAGACUGUGAAGAGGCCAUCAGGAACUGGAUGUUCUCCCAGAGUGCAGUCACCUAUGUUUCUUUUAUUUAUUAAACUAGGUUUGUAUUGUACAUGAGGUACUUCAUGUGAUAUGUUUUGGAUUUAGUCAUAUUGGCUUUAUUUCUAAGAUAUUCUAUUGAUUUAAUAUGACCUGUUUGGUCUCAUCAGAAGUCUUACCAUUGGGCAUUUGAACAGUGUGACAAGUGUUCCCAUGGCCUUUAUCAAAACAUGUUUAGGAAAAUUGGUACUCUGAUGAAUUUGAAUCCAAAGUCCUUUUCACUAUAUGUUUUCAACUACAUGUUCCUUCCUAGUGGUCCCUAUGACAGGAAUUGUAUAGUAUCUUGUAUUUUGUGGAUAAAGGAUACAGUAGGGAUUGGUUCAACAUUUGGGUACUUAGGGGAUAAAGCCUCUUAGUUGUAUAAAUUUAUAUCAUUUGUGUUGAUUUUUAUACAUACAGAUUUUCAGGACUUUACCUUUUGGUUUUUUUUUGGGUUUUUUUUUUUUCCUUUUAGCCAUCUUUUGUCCUUGUAAUCCCAACUAAAUAGGCUUUAUGCUCACAUCAUUAUCCCAUACCCACCCCUUUCUCCUCCCCAUUUGCAGGGGCUAAAGGUCUAGGUGAGACUUGGAAGACAAGGAGCAUCAGGAAAUUUGAGAUACCCAGGACCCUUUCAAGCAAGAAUGGCCAAAAAGCCUUGUGCUGUCUUUACUAUGAGUUAUCUUCAAAUUAUUUUCAGUCUCCCUGUCAUAUAAUCGUUUCAGGCAGAUUGAGGCAGCACUAACAGCUAAUGACCCACAUGGCUCUAUUUAGGUAAUUUAUCUAGAAUUUCUCGUUCCACCAGCCCUUACUUCUCUGCCCCUUUGUAAAUGUUGCCUUAUAAUCCUUUAUUAGAUGAUGGGAAGUGGUGAUGAUCAGGACAAAAGUGUUAGGUUCCCAUGAUUUCUUAUUUAUUAGUAGUUAUGCGGAAAUUUUUUUUUGUUUCCUCCUGCUGUAUGUUAUUUUUGGUGAUAAGAACACUUAAGUAUUCUCUCCUCUUAGCAAUUUUUUUUCCUGUGUUGUCCAGGCUGACCUCCAGCUCCUAGGCUCAAGCAAUCCUGCCUCAGCCUGCCAAGUAGCUAGGACUACAGGCGUUCACCACUGCGUCCACGAAGUUGUUUUUGUUUUGUUUUAAGUUGGUACUCACAAAUCACUACCUCUGUUAUACUGACAAGCUUUAUUUCCUAUUUUUUGUAUCUGUUAGGUCACAUUUGUGUAAACACCUAGCUCACUUUUUAUAUUUUAACCUCCUAGAGUUAAUGGGCCUAUGUGGGGUUUGUUUGUUUGUUUGUUUUUUUUUCAAAUCUUAUAGCUGGUGUUUUGUAAAAGAUUUGCCCAAUAAAUGACUUAAUGGAUGAAUGAUACAUCAGUCAGACUUUAGGAAGGCAGUCGAUUAUGGAUUAUUUUAAUGUUGGAAGAGGACUUAAUGAUCGAAUCUCAUCCUUUCUGCUUCUGAAGUAUGAAAAUCUAGUCUUUUUAGGACUGAACCCAAGGAAAAUAAUCUCUAGAUUAUUGACUAAAGUUCAGUGAGAAUAUGAAUAAAGAACAACUAGAUAUUAAUGUCAGUCAUUGGGCAUGCAAAUAAGUCCCCAGCAGACAGUCAGAUGUUGGAUAUCCAGAUUGUAUAGGUUUAGGUUUAAGUUAUUACUCAUAAAAUCCGUUUCCACUGGAACUCUAUGACUUCAUUCAGUGGAGUGGUAAAAAGUUGUCCUCUUACACAUUGUGGAUAACUAUAAGACAGCAUACAAGCAUAUCAAUAAAGCCAUCUCUUUGUGGGCCCUACCAUCUUCAUCAGAUUUAGACACUUAAAAAAACAAGUAAAUAUGCACUUUUAAAAUGUAAUCAAAAGAUUGGUGGUAAGCUUUGAAAACCAGAACAUCUUUUGGCAUUCCACUAAAUGUAUAUUGUAAAUUUAAGGAACAAUCAAGAUUCACAAUAGGAAGUUGUCUUUUUUUGCCUUCAUUUCUAUGAGAUUGACAGAUGGUGACAAUAAGAAAAUGAGCUGAUUAUAAUUGCUCUCUGUGUUUUUUUUUAUUGCUAGCUAUCAUUACUAGUUAGAAUUAACAUUAAUUAGAAUUAACAAUAAUUUUAGGCAUGGAAUGUUAUGAUUACCUAAAGAGAUGUCUCUACCUUCCGGGCUCAAGCGAUCCUCCCACCUCAGCCUACCAAGUAGCCAGAACUACAGGCAAGCACACCACCAUGUCUGGCUACGUUUUUUGCGGGGGGGGCAUAAGGGGGUUGUUUGUUUCUUUUUAACAGGCAGGGCCUCGCUAUAUUGCCCAAGCUAGAAGAAUUUUCUAAUACUUUUUACACCUCCCAUUUUGGCAAGUAAAUUGAGAAUGACUUUAGGUUUUUCUAUUAUUCAGUAGCUUUGCAGACUUAAAAGUGUAAAUUUAGAAUUAGAAGAUGAAGCUAUAAUAGUAAGAAUCUCAAGUUGAAGGACCUCGGGUUGCCAAAGCAGCAUAAUAGAGCAUAGGCUUGAACUUAAUUCUUUCACAACAUUGUGAAAAUUAUGUGGAAUGUGUUAAAUGCCUACUACAGUAGGCUCUAGGAUAUUUAUUUUAUUUUUUUAUUAUGCACAUUGUUUUUCCUGCCUUUUUAUGGCUGUCUGAAGUCUAGGGAAAAGGGAAGACUGGUUAAUGAUGAGUUGAAAAAGCUUGUAAGCUAAUCUUUCACUGACUUAUUUUCCUUCCACCUUCUGUUUUUUAAAAAUUAGCCACACCACACAAAACCCAAAUUAUUAGAAACAACAAGAAAAUUGUUUCAGUGCUCUUAUAUUCACCUUAAUGGUAUAGUGAAAAGACAUUGGCUUGCAGAUGAUACUACGGAAGCUUUGGCUUACUCUCACUUGAAAGUGGGAUCUUGGUGUUUUCGUACUUGGAUUGUACAAAUCUUUUACUGACUUCUUACUGCUAAAAAGGAAUCAGGCGGUUGGGUAUUGAUAUGUUAUUUGGUGCUCUCAUUCAUGGCAAAGGAUUUGAUAAAUGAAUAAAGAUUCUUAAAACACUAAAGCAAAAUCAGAUGAGCAAAACUAAAGAUGAAAUGUAAUAUUCAUCAGAACAAGGAUCACUGAGAAAAAUAUUCAGAAACAACUUUAAUAAAACCUGAAUUGAAAUAACCGCA